UGUGCGAACUUGUAUUGUCCCAGGGCUGUGUGCUUGUGUGGAUUUGUAAAUCAUGGAAUGUAGAGAAGACUAUGAUAUGCAAUGUUAUAUGAUAUGCAUAAGUAAUAUCCGAUGUUAGCCGUUUUAUUUGGUAAUUUUGCGUUUGACACAACUAGGCCUGUGUUACCUUUUUUGUUGUUGUUGUUUUGGGGUGAAAGAAUGGGAUAACUUGGCGAAUAGACACAGAUGAUGAGUGAAAACAGAAAAUGAAGCACAAUGCCAGAGUGAACCACGAGGGAUGCACAGUCUUACAUUGUCGUAGUUGAUGAAUAGGGAAGCAGAUAAUAGUAAAACGGGGUUGCCCAUACUUUUUAAAGAGACAGUCAGGUGUAUCAAGCAAGGUCACGAUAGUGAAACAGAAACGUAAAAAACGUACAUUGAAAGGUUUUCCAACGGCACAUGAUGGUGGCCAGGAUGGCGAGUUUCGGAGACGCUUCUCAUCGGGAUGAGGGAGAUGGAGAUAUCCCUGUACCUGACCCAAAGGAUAAUCUGACAGGAAGUGAUAACGGUGGGUCAGACAACGCAGGUACGUCGGCUGAGGACAGCUCUAAUGAAGAGGAAGAUGAAGAGGAGGAAUCUGACAGCUCUGUUGGGAAAGAUGAUGAGGAGCCUGACGUAGAAGAUUUGAAUAAUGAAUCAGAGCCGGCUGCUAAUGCCGAGGUCUCCCUUGCAAAAGAUAUUCCCCUCAUAGUACGCUGUGAAAAAUGCAAGGGUGUCCAACAGAGUCAUGGAAAUGAAGUUGUUACUCCUAGGAAGAUCUCUCAAGGUCGACUACAGGUUCAGCUGGAGGGUGAGGGGACUUACGAGUGUUCUGUGACCGGCUUGGUGUUUGAGGUGUCUGAGAGGGUCCUAAUCCGCUACUCGGUCCUGUCCUGGUCCAAGUUUGGCACGUUCCUCAGGGACUCCUGGAGAUUUGCUGGACCCAUCUUCAAUGUGGAAUGUGUCAACAGCCCCUCGUCUCUCCUCACCUCCAUCCAGUUCCCUCACUCACUCUGCCUAGCUGACUCAGGUAGUGAAAUGACCUUCAGUGUCCUGCACAUGAAGGGUAGGCAUCCAGUGAUCGAGCCAUCGGUAGACCACUCAGGAAGUCACGUGAAGUGGCGAGUGUCCUCCUUGUCCCCAGUCGGGCCAAUUGUCCCGAGCAGCCAGCCAGUGGAACACCAUGGGGUGGUCCUAGUCUAUAAGGAACUGGCACGGAGCAAUUCCUACUCCUUCCGCAUCUACUUGGCCACCAACAACUCCUCAGACAUCAAGGAUAUUGGGAAGGAGGUUCGUUGUUCCAAAAAGCGUUACCUGAAGGUAGAGAAGCCGCCCACCUGUAAGCUGGAUGAGAGGAGGUACCGCCUCAUGAGUGAACCAGAGGGAGACAUCAGCCCUGCGGACUUGCCAUUCACGCUGGCUGUGACUAAAUUAAAGGGAUACUUUGAGGCAUUCUUUGAGCAACCCCCUCCCUUCAAGCUUUCCCUUGUGGAGACAGAGACUGACCAUACUGUGUGGUCAGCCACCAUCAGAGAGGGGGACUGUGUGGACAAUGCAGUUGAAAAGUCAAGGACACGGAUUGAUAGCAGGAAAAGAAGCACCAGCAGCACAUCAGAGGAAGAGAUUGCCAAAAAGAGACCUCGAUGGGUUGAUGAGUCAGAUGGCACACGGACAGGGCUGAUCCCAGACUUGUCAUCCAAGCAGCUAAUGCAGGUGGCUAAGAGGUUGGGGAGGGAGUGGAAACAGGUAGCGAUCUGCUGCCUUGACCUGACCCUUAAACAACUAGAGGAUAUACAGGCCAACGAGGAAGAUGUCACUAUGCAGAGAUUUAAGGCACUGGAGUGUUGGAAGGCUAAAAGGCUGAAGGGUCAAUCCACUGUUACUAACCUCUGGAAGUGUCUACAAGAACUGGAUGACCUGCCAAAUGAGGUCUCCCAGACACUGCAAGAUAUGAUGGACAAUAAAGAUGACAAAUGAGGUUCCUGCCUUUCCAGAGCUCAAUGUUCUCAAGGAGACGGAGCCCAUGGGACAGAAACAAUUGAACUCUAACCUUGAAGUAGAAAUCCUUCUACCUAUGCUGAAUGGAUUACGAUGAAAGUUUCCUCUUGACACUGAUCAAUGGUCAACUUUGUGUGUUUCCUUAUAGUUAUAAUGGACGUACACAGAUUCUAAAUCAGAAUAAUGAUAUUGCCUAGGUGGGGUUCUCACCCCAGCCCACAGUACUACUGUCACACAGUCCAUUGAUGGAAGUCUAGAUUAACUGGUAGUGGUGUUAGAGGGUGCCAUCUUUGGAAUGGAACUUUAAAAGUGUGCUGACCCUCUUGUCCCUAAAGAUCCAACAGCCCUUAACCACUCCAUCCUGGAAAGAUGCCCUCAUCCUCAUGGCAAUCAAAACUUCGGCAGCUUCCAAUUGUCUCAUUCAACCCCUCGCAUCCCCCUAAAGUUUAAAAAACAUUGUAAAGUACUAUAGGCAUUAAAUAUAUGCAAUGUACGUUUAUCACUCUGGAAGAGUGCGUCAGCAGAAUUACUGACAUGUGAAUCAUAGAUGAACUCUAGGGGAAAUACUGUGUACUUAACUCAUAUGUAGGCAGUAUCAGCCAUGGUGCUGCAGAUUGGGAUCUGCCACAAACAUAUAUGCCUUUGUCUCAAACUUUGCAAUUAGUUGUAUAUUUUGAUAUAUUCUGUACUUUUUAUACUGUGUAUAAUUUGUAUUGUUUUUUUAAUUAUGCGGUCAGUUUUUUUUUUUUACAGUCUAUGUUUGGUUUUAUGUUAUGCUAGACCAAAUGUUGCCUAUCACUUGAUUGUGGUAAUAGCUACUUUUGGAAAAUGUAAGUGUACACUCUUACAUAUGCAAUGUCAUGAAAAGACAUUGUCAUGGAAAAUCAUGGUCCAGGCUUCACCCUGAAUGGCAUCUGCUGUGUUAGCAGCAAACGUUUUGUUAUAUUUCUUUGUUUCAUCCCCUUGAUUAAUCAUGCCUUGGAAAAAUGCUAGCUUUCAGCAUGUGUGUUCAAGGGUUUUUUCUUCUCUUUCAAUUUAGUGGAGUAUUUGUUUGUUUACAAACAAGCUAAUAACUCAUUUGAAAAAACAUUCAAUUGGGAUAGCAUUGUUGCUGAUACUGGGACCCAAAAAUCCCAGUUACAACAAAUAACUUUUGAAAUCAUAAAUGUGAAGACCACAGGAUUACUGAUAUUUUGGCCAUUGGAUGUGCAUGUGUCUAAUGUACAGUACUGUAUGCUUAGAUAGUCUAUCAUAAACAUUCCAGUCCAUAUAUGCACUUCUGUAAUGUUACACCUCAGGUAUGGGCCUUAAGGCUCUGGGUAGAAUAUUACAAAUGUCUGACUGAAUAAAAGGUAUUUUU